AUUACAAAAAUUAUUAUGAAAAGUAAUUAAAAUCUCAAAAGUGCAUUCAAAUUUCGCGGUACUUUAUUGCGAUGUACGUAAAACAAAAUGGAAGCAAUCAUCUGUCAAGUUUAUUCCCACAACAUUUCUACAAUAAAUUUCUUCUUAUAAGUGGUAACAUGUCUAAAACUGAUUAUAUUUGAAACAGUAUGUUACCACUUUUAAUACUUCAGAAUAGCAAAAAUGUUCAAUUGUUUGGCAUUCGACAAAAGACCUACCAAGAGCACCAAAUGAUCAAAUAGAAAUUUCUAAACCACCUGUUCCUAAAGCACGUCGUUCUAUAAGAGACACUAAUGUACAAGUAAUUGAAGAAAUCGAUUCCUUCAAAGACUCUAAAAAUUCAUUGGCAAUGAAAAACAUAUAUAGAACUAACCAACAAGGCUCAGAAAUUUGUAAUAUUUCUGAUAUCCAAUAUACCGAUGAUGAAGAUGAUGAUGAAAAAGAUGAUGAUAGUGAUGAAGAUAAUAGUAAUUACAACAUUUCCAAACGGUGUCUUAACGUAAAUACUUCACGAGAUAGCAUACUACAAGAAUCUUUUCAUACUCCAUGUAAUUCUCCUAUAGGAUCGCAGAUGCAUAAACGAAGCUCUCAUAACCCUCAUGGAAAUCAAUCUUCUAACAUUAAUAGUUCUUUCUCAUGUAAACCACAAAAACAACCUGCAGAUGGGUCUUUUCCAAAAUAUACCACAUUUUUUUUCUGUGUUACUAUUUUAUGUUUAACUCUAUUUCUUAUUUAUACUUCAACAAAAACUCAUGAAAAUCUAAAGGGAGCUACUGAAGCAAAACAAACAGAUUUUACUGAUAUAAAUAACUUACUGCAUAAAUCAAUACAGCUAAUUCAGACACGAUUUCAUAAUCAAAGAUCUAAUAUUUGGAAUGAUAUAUCAGCUGGAAUAUACGAUGUAAUCUUAUCCCCUACAAAACCUUCAAUUAUUAUUCUGUUUGGAAAUGAAACUAAAACCUUGAAUUGUUUAGCUCAAUUACUUGGACAAUUGAGUGCCAAAAUUUUAGGUAAUAAUGAUUAUUUAAGAUUGACACCGAAAGACUUUCCAAAUGAUGUUGGACAAGUCAUUUAUAAUUUAAGAAAACGAAUUACACAAAAAAAAGUAAUAAAUAUAUUUUUUCAGAUAAUACAAGAUUUAUUAAGCAUAAACACUGAAGCACUAAAAGCUUUUCACAAUUUUUGUGACAGAGAAAAGCCUUUAGUUGAGAAUGUUAUAUAUAUAAUAACUGUGACUGUUGAUGGGUACAAAUCGUCUCAAAGAGAAUUAGAAUUUAUUGAAAAUCAAAUAUUUAAAAGAUUAUCAAAUUAUAUGCACAAAGACAUUCUAGAUCCACUAGUAACUAGACUUACAGAUGGAAUUAUUGUACCCAUUUUACCAGAAACAAAUACAAAUUUCAAUUAUGCAGAUUGUUCUUUUUCUAUAAACAACAAGUUAUAAUCUUUUAAUAAACAUAGAGGAUAUAAUUAAUUAAUAUAACAUUGUGAUAAUAAAAAGUAUAAGAAUAUUAAAAAGAUGUAAUAUAUAAUUUUGCUACUGUAGAGUGUAUUAUGGAUAGUAUUGAAGCGAGUGAAUAAAAGUUUUGUAUAUUAAUA